UGUGACAUAUGGUUUAGCCAAAUAGAGAGGAGAGAUAGGAAGAGAGUUUUAGAGAGAGAGAGAGAGAGAGAGAGAGAGAGAGAGAGAGAGAAUCUGGGGAGAAAUCCCCGGCCUAAGCAUCGUCGCCCGUCAUACUCCGUCUCUUCUUCACCUUGUUUGUACUAUUCAGCUAUAUAUAACGCUCAUACGAUUGUGUUGUGUGUAUAUAUAUGUGCAGUAAAUUGACAAACGGAAUUGUUGCAGAGGCUGAAACGAUGAAGUAAUCGACGGUUUUCUUUAUCUGGGUCACGACAGAUUUGAAUCCAGAUGUUGUCGAGAGUUGAUUCUAGAAAGAAAACUGGUGAUGAUUCUGGUAAUGGGAAGUUGUUACAUGAUAUUGAAGCCAUAAGUAAAGCCCUAUACUUGGAUAAAGCGCGUUCAAAGAGCUCCUCGUCUUCGACCCUGAAUAAUCGAUCAAAAUCUGCCGGAAAAGCCCGUCUGCCGGAACCCAAACCAAAGCUUAAGGAUGUUAAGGAAGAGUCGUUAAAUAAGGAUAAGAAGUCCAUUUGGAGUUGGAAGGCCUUAAAGGCCUUAACUCAUGUCAGAAAUCGUAGGUUCAAUUGCUGUUUCUCACUGGAAGUCCAUUCUAUUGAAGGGUUGCCCUCUCAUUUUGACAACCUUAGUAUCUCUGUGCAUUGGAAGAGGCGGGACAGUGGGUUGGUGACUCAUCCUGUUAGUGUUUUUCAAGGAGUAGCCGAUGUUGAAGAACACUUGGAACUCACAUGCUCGGUUUAUGGCAGUAGAAAUGGACCCCACCAUUCAGCAAAGUAUGAAGCGAAGCAUUUCUUGUUGUAUGCAGCAUUAGUUGGUGCUCCUGAGCUUGAUUUGGGAAAACAUCGUGUUGAUCUCACUAGGUUGCUUCCUCUUACUUUGGAGGAGCUAGAGGAGGAGAAGAGCUCUGGAAAGUGGACAACGAGUUUCAAGCUAUCAGGCAUGGCUAAAGGAGCAACUAUGAAUGUCAGUUUUGGUUAUUUGGUAGUUGGGAAUAAUUCUAUCGCUCCUACCUCUAACAGGGAUGCUCCGGAGGUCUUUAGUUUGAAGCGGAAUAACGCGAGUAUGGGCAAACCGCUGACAAAAAAUGACCAAAGUGGUUAUAAGAGUACAAUACAGCGUGCUGGAAGCCUUCCUAUUAGGUCUUAUACUUCAUCUCGUUCGGUAGAAGACAUAAAGGAUCUUCAUGAGGUUUUGCCAAUAUCAAGUUCAGAACUUUCUGAUUCAGUAAGUAUAUUGUAUCAGAAAUUUGAUGAAGAGAAGUUGAAUCCUACGGUUGAGGUUGAUGAUUCUUCUGAACCGUUUGAGCCCCUCAAAUCAAACUCGUACUUGUCAGAUGCUGGCAAGGAGAAUGCCGAAAACGAGCGCGAAGAUGGUGAGUUUUCUUUUGUGGAGCAUGGGAUAGAACUGUCGUCAAAGGAACGGGUACAGUCAGAGGAAGGUAUCUUAAAGGCUGGUAAUGAUACUGAAAUUGAAAUUUCUGACCUUCCAAAAAUUAACAUAGAUAUGGUGACAUCCCUUGAAGAGGACAGCAAGCUUCAUCCCCAGGUUGAAGAAUUCGACUGUCCCAGAGACGAGUUUGUUGUGGGUGAUUUAAUUUCCAAAGAGAAUGAUUCGUGCACCAAAGAAUUACUCAUGAAAGAUCUCGAUUUAGCCUUGCAUGUUGAUUCAGACGUGGCAACAUGGGUGGAUACCCCAGAAGGUGAUUUCCAAAUUCCCAAUAUUGGAAAAGAUUACGAGGAAGAUAAAUCAACCUAUAAAGAAUUACUCAUGAAAGAUCUUGAUUCAGCCUUGCAUGUUGAGUCAGACGUGGCAACAUGGGUGGAUACCCCAGAAAGUGAGUUCCAAAUUCCCGAUAUCGGAAAAAAUUACGCGGAAGAUAAAUCAAGCUAUAAAGCAAGUCGCAAAGGCAAGUCACUCAGUUUGGACAAUGUUACCAACUCUGUAGCUAGUGAGUUCUUGGACAUGCUUGGGAUAGAGCAUAGUCCAUUUGGCUUGAGUUCUGAAAGUGAGCCUGAGUCGCCAAGAGAGCGUCUGUUGAGACAAUUCGAGAAGGAUAGCCUAGCAACGGGGUCCUCCUUAUUUGAUUUUUGCAUUGAUGAUGAGGUUGAACUCGGUAAUGAAGCUCCAACGUCUGUAUGGGAAACCUUUAAUGAGGACUUGGAUCCAUAUCCAUUUGCUCAAGCUUCGAAUGUGAAGCUUAAGCUUUCUGAGAAGCUUUCUGAAAAGCUUAAACUAGAAACUCAAGAAGAGAGGAGUAAAACUAGGGCCUCAAUGCUGGAAGACUUGGAAACUGAAGCUUUAAUGCGUGAGUGGGGCUUAAAUGAGAAGUCUUUUCAACAUUCUCCACCAAAUAGCUCUGGUGGGUUUGGGAGUCCCAUUGAUCUUUCUCCUGAAGAGCCUCCCCAGUUGCCUUCUCUUGGAGAAGGCUUGGGCCCUUUCAUUCAGACCAAAAAUGGAGGGUUUUUGCGGUCUAUGAAUCCUACACUUUUCAGCAACGCUAAAAGUGGUGGUAAUUUGGUUAUGCAAGUUUCUAGUCCAGUCGUGGUGCCUGCGGAGAUGGGAUCUGGUGUAAUGGGGAUAUUACAACACUUGGCUUCGGUUGGAAUUGAGAAGCUCUCCAUGCAGGCAAAUAAGUUAAUGCCUUUGGAAGAUAUUACUGGGAAGACAAUGCAACAAAUAGCAUGGGAAGCUGCACCCAGUCUGGAGGCACCCGAAAGGCAAGUGCUGCUGCAGCAUGAAUUGGAGGCUGGACUAAAUAUGGAUGGUGGGCAAAAGAGGGUCAAAGGAAAAUCAUCUGGACACGGGUCAAAAAAGGUUGACUCUAGUUCAGUUGGCAAGGAAAUGGACUCAGAAUAUGUAUCACUGGAAGAUCUUGCUCCUUUGGCAAUGGAUAAGAUUGAAGCCCUCUCCAUCGAGGGGUUGAGAAUACAGUCUGGAAUGUCAGAUGAGGAUGCACCUUCAAACAUAAGCCCACAAUCGGUUGGCGAAAUCUCGGCCCUUCAAGGGAAGAGGGUACACAUUGGUGGGUCCUUGGGUUUGGAGGGAGCUGGUGGAUUGCAACUGUUGGAUAUUAAAGAAAGCAGCGACGAUGUUGAUGGGUUAAUGGGUUUAUCGCUAACACUUGAUGAGUGGAUGAGGUUGGAUUCUGGUGAAAUCGACGAUGAAGAUCAAAUUAGCGAGCGAACUUCCAAAAUUCUUGCAGCCCAUCAUGCCACCAGUACGGAUAUGUUUCGUGGAAGGUCAAAAGGUGAUAAAAAACGGGGCAAAGGUAGGAAGUGUGGUUUGUUGGGGAACAACUUUACGGUUGCACUUAUGGUGCAACUUCGCGAUCCCUUAAGAAAUUAUGAACCAGUUGGUACACCGAUGCUUGCUCUUAUUCAAGUGGAGAGAGUGUUUGUCCCUCCGAAACCCAAAAUAUAUAGCACCGUACCAUUGGUGAGGGAGAAUAAUGAAGAGGAUGAUGACGCUGAAUUUGUAAAAAAGGAGGUAAUGAAGGAGGCUCCCAAAGAAGAGGAAAUUGUAGAAGAGGAAAGAAUUCCUCAAUACAAAAUCACCGAAGUUCAUGUUGCCGGUUUGCAACCCGAGCCAGGGAAAAAGAAGAUUUGGGGUUCCGCUACUCAACAACAGUCUGGGUCCCGUUGGUUGGUGGCUAAUGGAAUGGGAAAGAACAACAAGCAUCCAUUUAUGAAAUCAAAAGUUGCUGGCAAAUCAGCUCCCCCGGCGACAACAACGACCGUCCAACCUGGCGAGACGUUGUGGAGCAUCUCUUCACGGGUUCAUGGUACAGGGGCUAAAUGGAAGGAAUUGGCUAAGCUUAAUCCCCAUAUUAGGAACCCAAAUGUGAUUUUCCCAAAUGAAACUAUAAGAUUGAAAUAACACUCCUUUUGAUCCAUUCGAAAUGGUGGGUUUCUGGGAAGUGAUUGCUGUUUGCUUGUGAAUUGUGGUUACAGCAUUGUAAUUAGUUCGGAACUCAGCCAGACUGGAUACACCUACUUGAAGAUUGGUUCUGAGUGGAAUGGACACAGGAUCGUUCUAGAGGGCUCGGUAUGCGAGUCCUGCCUGUGGAGAUUUAGCUUGUAUUUGCCUCAAACAUGGUCAGACAAAUGUCUUCUUGUGCAGUAAAUGAAAAUGACGCAUGGUUUUGCUCAAUGUAAAUGCAUAUGUUUUGUUAGCAUGCACGGGAGAAUCAUUUGUUUGGACAUUGUAAACAUUGGUUCGGUUACAUGAAAUAGAGCUUGUUUUGUUUUCA